UUAUGAAAGUAAUUUAAUACAAUGCUAUAAAAACCAUAUCAUGAAAAUACCUUAUGAAAGUAAUUUGUUACAAUACUAUAAAAACCAAUAUUAAUGUUUUCCACAUCCUAUAGCAAUUAAAUUUUUUUAAAACUGUUAUAAAUCACACAAAUUCUAGCUUCAAACCAAGUUAUUAGUCUGUUGCCAAACUUGAAGUUUGGUGUCAUUUUUAAAUUUGCAUUUUUGCUCAGUUGUCAAAAUUGGAAUCAGCUGUGACGCCUUCAAACUGAAUUUACACAUUGUUAGAUUGAUAUAUUAACAUAAUUUAUAUUGAUUUAAAAAGUGCUAGAAACACUCAAUAAUGGCAGCAGAAUCAGCAGUGUUAAACUCAGCAGAGCGUUUAAAGUUAGGACCACGAGAGGGUGUGACAUACCCUUUAGUAGUGCAAUAUUGUGGUAACUGCACAAUGCCACUGGAAUACUGUGAAUACUAUCCCGAAUUCGAAAAGUGCCGUGCUUGGCUUGAAAAACAUCUGCCAAGCGAGUUCGAACAAAUGAAAAUUAAAGAUGAAGCGUCCGGUGCUGAUGGUACAGAUGACGACAAGAAACGACAAAAGCGAGGAGGUAAGGGAAUGAUGAAGAUAAAAAAAAAGGAAGAUGUGCCAAAGAAAAUUACAGUCUCAAGAGCUCCGCGUGGCAAGAAGAAGUCCGUUACUGUCGUGACCGGGUUAAAUACUUUCGAAAUUGACCUGAAAGUUGCAGCAAAGUUCUUUGGCACAAAAUUCGCAUGCGGCUCAUCUGUUACAGGUGACGAUGAAAUUGUUAUUCAAGGCGAUGUAAAAGACGAUCUUUUCGAUGUAAUACCUGAGAAGUGGCCCGAGAUUGAUGAAGAUUAUAUUGAUGAUUUAGGCGACCAGAAACGUUAAGUUAUAAUGUUUUGUCUGCGUUUUUAUGCAUUUCUAACUACAAAUAAAACUUAUGUCAACUUUGUACAAAAUAA